AUGUUUCUUAAAUUUGCUCUCCUUUGUUUAUCUGCAACAAGCGCCGUUGUGUCGGCAGUUGCCGUGAAGCGAGCCCCUGGUGGAGUUGUCAAGAAAGCUGGCGAGCCUGUUGUCAUCGACCCCAAGGGCGACUAUCUCCGUGUCAGCUUCAUGAACGACGGCAGCCUCAUCGGGGGAUAUACCGCCAUACAAGACAACGGGGAGAAUGUUCUGAAGACUGUUCGCUCGGUUGACGGGGGUGCUUCGUGGCAAUACCUCGGUGAAGUCUUCCGUGGACCGCGCGCUAAGCAUGAUAUCAACAACGCAAUGCCCCUGCAGCUGCCGAAUGGGCGGGUCCUGUAUGCCUACCGAAACCAUGACCGUACAGGGGAUGACCUCCACUACACUUACUUCCGCAUAUCCAUUUCAUAUUCAGACGAUGGUGGCGUGACCUUCAAAUACCUCUCAACCGUGGAGGAGAAGGUCCCAGUUGCCAAUACGGCCAGUGGCCUAUGGGAGCCCUUCCUCCGUCUGGCUAGGGAUGGAACUCUCCAGUGCUACUACUCAGCUGAGAACAAUGGCGGAGACCAGGACGGUUUUAUGAAGUAUUCUAAAGAUGGAGGUGCCACCUGGUCAAACUGGAUCGCCGUGUCCGGAGGGGACGUUACCUCGAGAGACGGCAUGAUUGGUGUGGCACCCAUUGACAACGAUGGGAACCUAAUGUAUGUUAUCUUGGUUCUUCCCUUUACCUCUUCCCUUUUCUUCGUUGGCUUUCGGCCCGCCAAGUCCCAGGCAAGUUCUAACGGUAACGUCACCAUACAUAGUGCGGUAUUUGAGGAGACCCAGACAGGUUCCUUCCAAGUCUCAUACGUCCUCUCCCACGACGAUGGUUACACCUGGGGCCAGCGUGGCAAACUCUACACGGCUCGAAACGGAGGCAUCGCCGGUGCACCCCAGGUCUACAAUGUCUGGGGCACACUGGUGGCAAGCUUCAUGACGAAUGAGGAUAGGGCAGGCACGAGCGGUUAUGAUGGGGCGCAGAUGAAGGUCAUCACCAGCACGGAUGGCGCCAAGUCGUGGAGCGCUGGCACCGUCACCGGCGAGGUGGCUUCGCACUGGCCGGGCGUUUUCAACGUGGACCCGACACACUUUCUGGCACUCUACUCGAAGGAUGGACUUGGUAUUGUGACUCAGCGGUAUGAGUUGACGAACUAG